AACGCGAAUGCACUUUUCAUUAAACAUGGCUGGUGUUGUAGUGCGCUAGUGUUAUUCAAACGAAAGGAAUUUAAACAAUUUUUACAACUAUUGUCGAGGCAAAACAAAUCAAAACGAUCAGAUUUUUGUGCAGUGGAGUGCAAUUAUUACGAAAAUCGACAACUCUAGCAGGCAUCGGACCGGAAUCGUCUGAAAAAGUGAUUUUUCUCCUGGCCAUAUUAUGGUUUGCUGCGGACGACCUAGAUAAAUACUUAACAUGAGUGCGGUCCGGACAUGGUGGCGCUCUAGGAACCAAUGAUGGACUCACAAGAUGUGUCUAAUAGCAACAACAACAUCUUCUAUUCAUCUUCCUUAGCCACAUCAAAACGUAUGCAAAACGGAUUAUCGCUGCUGUCGAUUACCGUUCAAAAACGGGGAAGUGAUUUUGGACAACAGCCAAACGAUGUGAAUAACCAGCAUCAGCAAGCAUCAUCAUCGUUUCUGCAACAAGAUCAACAUCAGCACUACUCACAACCGCACUCUCAUCAACAAUCGUCUUCUUUCUACUAUUAUAACAGCAGACCUGAAACACAUGACGGAGUAACUCUUGAGAGCGUUACAGUUGUUGGACCUUGGCACGAAGUUAUAUUUCCUAUAGCGGUACUAACUGUAUCUUUAUUUGGGAUUCUUGCCGUUGGAGCUGUUCUUUUACUCUGGCUCAAAAAUAAUCUGAAAAGUCAGGCAAAGUGUAAGGCAAGAACUUCUAAGAAAUUAAAGGAAGCUAAAGUUAACUCAAAAGUAUUGCAAAAACAGGUAAAAAUGAGCGAAGAUGAAGGGUCUCAGGUAGAAAACAUCAAUACAACACCCACAGCAAAACCAGAAUCUCCUCGAUCCAAGAGUUUGGACGUGCCACAGGCUGACAAUGAGAACUUUUCUUCCCAAAUAUUGUUACCAGCAAGCGAAACAUCGCAACAGGAUCCUACCGUUAGCACAAUCUACAAAAAUAUCACAUCAGAUAAUUUGUCAACUAUUUCAUCACCUGGAAAUUUGAAGCGAGCACAGGCAAAAACAUCACUAAACAAUUUAUCACAGAUCAGCACAUCACCUUCAGCAGUUCCCUCUUCUCCUCCACUGAGAUCUGUCCAUAGAAAAUUCAGCUUCAAUCAAUCGAGCUUCUACGAACAACAGCAAAGUGCAUCCAAGGCUGAGAAGUACAGUGCCAACAGCAGCAACAACAGAGCCAACAACGACAAUCUGCCCUAUUUUGCGAAGUUGGGAUCAAAAGGCGAAUGUCUUAUAUCGAAGAUCUCCGUUUUAAAGGGUGACGUAUGUUGUGUUCAACCACCACAACUACAUCAUGCUACAGCAGAUUUGGAUGGUUUGACUGUUGCAAGUCCUACGCCACUUUGUUCAUCGCCGAAGAUGGUGUAUACCCAAUCUUCUUCGUCGGAAGCGGCGAUGGCGAUAUCUCUAACAACAAAAGCACAAAAGUUAUCUGAUGAUAAGGAAAAUCUUGGAAAAUGUUCAACGGCAUUUGAAAGUAGUCGCAAUGGGAAAGCUUUUCGUAGCCAGCAUGCCUGGAUCGAAGGUAACGAAAACCAAACGCCAUCCAAUAGAAAAGUAUUAACCCAAUCGCCAAUAUUCUUCGCCAACGAGCAAAAUUCUCCGAACUUUUGUAAUGAUUCUUCUUCAUCGCCCACAUUGAUACCGUCUCUUACGCCAUCAUCUGUGUCAUCAUCAGCGACUUCCACCGCUACGAACACCACUCCAAAUGCAAACUUGAACAGCGCCAGCAGCAAUACUGGGCGAUUUACAUUUUCGCCGAAAGUGAUUAGCGAAUUCGGUUACCAAGCAUCUCCACAAAGUGGUUCGAUCCAUACCGGUUCAGGAACCGAGACAAAGACUAGCAACUCAUACUUUCGUUUCCCGGAAGUGGACACGUUCACUCCUCCAAUUAGUGCGCAAACCGCACCCCAAGGUGCGGCUGGUAAACCGACAACUUUCAAAAUACCGUCACUGGUCACGUCGUGGAUUCCCUCACUGGAAACACCAACCAAAGAAAGUGUAGCGGAACAGGAAUUGAAGAAACCGGCAGUCACGGAAAAAGCGGAAGAUAGACAGGGCCCUGAAGGAUCCAGUGCGAUUGUUCAGCCGAAAAUACCCAGUAUUUUGAUGCCACAUGAGGAUUCUCUUGAAGAUUCGCCUCCUUCAUCAACGGAAGAUAAAAUACAACAAAUGGUAUCAUCCACUCGUGCAACCCGUAGGGCACGUUUAAAAUCUAUCUCUCUUGAUUCGGAUGGAGCACGCAUAUUGGAGGAGAACUUUGCCACCAGUAUUCCAGUUGAGGAGCUGGUUGAAAUAGCCGCCAACCAAUCACAUCAUUCAGUUUCGGGAAUCCAAUUGCAGCUGCCCUCACUUAGUCAAAGCCAUGCGCAGAAUGAUAAUGAUGAGAGUAAUUACGCAUCUUACAGGAAGCAGCGCAACAUAUUUAACUUAACAUUAAAUCUGAACGAUAAGGACGAAACUUUGGUAGGCGACGAUGAUUACAAGUUCAAUGAGUUUUAUUUUGAAUACUAUGAUUACGACGAUGAGGAAGAUGAAGAGUAUGAGAUGGAUUGCGGUACCACCGGUUCGGGUUAUUCCGAAAAACGAAAAAAGCAGCAUUCUCAACUGCAGACUCCAAAAACGCCGACACUAACUCAAACUCGCAAAAAAGCUAGCUCACUAGAUUCCGAUCAGUCUCUCAGCUAUUUGCUUCCGCAGCCGGUGAGAACACAAAGUGCAAUAGAUAAAACGGAGCACCGCGUCAGCACCAGUCGCUGUGCAAUGAAUCCAUCAACUGCUACAAUACGCACAUCAUCAUUAUCCGUACCAACAACGCCAAAAAGGCAGCCAUAUCGUUUGCCACAGCAACAAACACAUGGAAAGUAUAAGCAGAAUCGUUGCAUGAACGACAGCCAGACAAGUGUCAAUAACAGUCCUGCAUCUGAACGACACCUCUUAUGUGGUUUCCAGCAAAAACUCGGAAGUUUUGAAGAAAAUGCUGACAUUUACCAGAGCUGCGCGGACGGUGAUACCAAAUCCUUUGGGGCAAAGGCUCCCUACGUGUCCAAUAUGUGUCAACAGAGAGAGCAAAAUCUAAGCGUUUCUAAUAUAAACCUAAAAACUUUACCAGAAAUCACACCAGUAUGUGAUUUUGCAGAAAAAUCCAACGAGCAGGUAAUGGCGGAAAAACCACCGAUUCAAACAAUGAACAAAAGUCGAUCUAGCAUUCUCCAGCGUAGGGGAUCGAAUCAUAGUUUGACGUUAAACCUUGAUGCUGCUGCGGGUGGAAGUGGCUUAUCGAAAGGACUCUCAGCAUCAAACUACAGCUUGGGCAACUUGAAGGGAUCUCAUUUGAGCCUAGCCAGCUCUUCAUACAACCUCCAGCAACAACAGAAUCAGCACCAAAAUGUCCAUCAAUCUAGUGGUGCUCCAAAUGUACACACAAAAAAGAAUCUCCUCCAGCGACGAGGCUCGAAUACAAGUUUAAUCUUAAACUUACAGGGUUCUAACAGUAGUUUGAACCGAUACAAUAGCCACAGUUCGCUAAAUAUCCAAAACCAGCAAAACGUUCGACCGGCUAAGAAAUGUCUCCUGGAAAGGCGUAAUUCAAACACCAGUUUAACUCUCAUAAACAUUCAGAAUCGGGCGCUUUCCGUUUCAAACUGUAAUCUUCCAGGGUCCAUUUGUAGUCUCAACAGUAUGGCAACAUACCAGACACAGAAUGAGGCCCUGAUGUUGGAGGAAGAAGAGAACCAAAUGUCGGCGAGCAAUAACCAAUCGAAUUGCUGUACUCGAGCGACGACUGUCGGUGCGGCCAGUGAAUCUCAUCUGUCGCCAAACUGUCAACAGCACGGUGGGCGACGGAAAUUUCUCAGCUCGGACAGUCUGCAUAAUAUCACGAAUUCGCGAGCCGGCUGCUGUUGCCAACAGAAGGAAACAAAUAUGGACGCUCCCCACAUGUGCUACCACCGGGGGCAAAUAAGUAACUAUGGAGGCUCAAUUGAUGAUAUAAAACAACAGCCAUUGUCAAAGAAUACCGAUUGUUCGUGUGUGGAAAAUGGAGAUAGCAAGACGAACGACAAGCUUAGCAUCUCAACGAAUGAUAUGUUCAAAUUCAAAUCGACAGUCACCUCUACGGCAUCGACCAAUAAUUUGACACAGUUUACUAGCUGUGACUGUUGCUGCUGCAAUUGUGCGGAUGCACUUGCCGGUGGAGUAAAUACGAUGAGCAUUAGUAAUACUAAUGUGCGCAAGAUUACUACGAAACCUCUGAGUCCUCAAACUACGAGCGAAGACUUUAAAAUAUACUUAGCCAAUAUUCAGUUUUUACAAAACGCAUCUAAUAUGCUGUCAGUGGCUUACAUGAAGAAAUUGCAUCAUAUAUUCAAAAAAAGCUACAGUAACUACGACAAAUCGCAGGACGAUAACGUGCUAACUGGCGCAAACAAUGAUGUCAAACUCACAACCUUAUCGAUUGUUUCGAAUGUACCAGCUGACGAACCGGGAAAAUCCAACGAUCAACCUUCUAGUGUGGAAUCGAUUAACGAUGAAAAUUUGUUAUUAACCGACGACGAGCAAAAGAAAAUGAUUCUCAAAAUACACCAAGAGUUUUGGGAUCUGCCGACUAAUUACCAGGAGAAACCGCUGGUUUUUGGAUCCCAGUCAAAAAACCGAUACAAAACGAUAUUACCAAAUGAACAUUCUAGGGUCAUUCUAAAAGCUGAACCCGGUGCUCACGUGGAACCUUACAUCAACGCCAAUUUUAUUAAGGGCUCGGAUUAUACCAAUAAUAGUUACAUAGCUACCCAAGGUCCAAUGGCGAAUACCAUCUACGAGUUUUGGCUGAUGGUACAGCAAAAUGUCGAGAAGACAGCGCCACUUAGAAAUGGAAACUAUCUCCACGUUGAACAGAAACUAAUAAUGUUGACUGACUUUGUUGAAAACAAUAGACAGAAAUGUUCUGUAUAUUUUCCCCAGGAGCUUAACGAUUCAGUGGCGUUCUGCAAUACACCAAACGUUAACCCACAAGUAGUUCUUGACAGUAGAUGCAGCAUUAUAGCCGACAUGCAGAACAGUAUAAAAACGCACCAGGUCAAGGCAAUCGAAUCCAGCAAUGAUUUUAAUUACUUUCUUAUCACAAAUAUUGGUAUAUGUCGUAAAAAUGGGUACACUAUGCGUAAACUGUUGGUGGUUUAUUCGUAUCAAGAUACAGCAGAAAAAGUCCAAAAACGCAGUUUUUAUACAAUCUAUCAUUAUUGGUUCCCAGACUGGCCGGACCAUCGCUCUCCGGAGGACAUAGAUGUAUUACUCGAUAUGAGUCUCGAUAUACUUGAUAAUGAUUGUUCCAAAGAUUUUGACCUUAGUCCUGAUGGAGCAGGAAGCGAUGAACGGAUUUGCUCAUUGCCAAUUAUCCAUUGUUCUGCAGGUAUAGGAAGGACAGGCUGUUUAUUAGCGAUUAUAAAUGGUUUAAGUCAGAUGCGUUCAUCUUCUAAUGCUAAUAAAAUAACAGAAAAGCCUGUAGAGAAAAAUUCGGAAAGCUCAGAAUCUGAACCAGCGGAAGCGCCGAAUGCUGUUCAACAGCAGUGUUGCUCGUGGAUUAGCUCCGGUGGCCAUACUUGUGUAGAUAUACUCGGUAUCGUUUGUAACCUUAGGCUACAGCGUGGCGGAAUGGUACAGAAUUCUGAACAGUACGAGUUAAUUCAUAGAGCAUUGUGUUUGUACAUGCAGAAGUUGAGCCUUUAAAUAAUAAGCAUUUAUAAACAAAACAACAAUCGCUAGUUAAUGGAAUAGUUAAUGUACAUGGCUCACAUUGUUAAAUUAUACAAAAUGACAACUUACCAAAGAAUAUACGAUUCCUAAGUUUAGGAAAAUAAGAAUACAUUUUCAUAAUUUAAAAUCCGUCAUACAGAGAGUAAAUUAUGCAUUGAUGCUAAAAAUAUCAGUAUAAUUUGUAAUUUUCUUCAUGUUUCAGAGUAUGUGGAUUCGAUACGAUACACAUUUGUUGUAAUAUAACCAGUAUUGAGUAUAUUGA